GGUCUGGAGGGUCCGCUAUGCGAUAAGAUGGCGUCCAGCUCGGUGUUUCUGUCCAGUAUGGUGGGCAAGGCUCGCUCCUCCAACUUCACACUCUCGGAGAAGCUGGACCUGUUGAAGCUGGUCCGCCCUCACAUCCGCAUCCUGGAGGAGCACACCAACAAGCACGCCGUCAUCGUGGACAAGAACAAGUGCUGGGACACUGUGGCGGAGCAGUACAACGCCCUGGGAGGGGACCGGCCCCACCGCACUGCCCAGGGCCUCCGGACCCUCUACAAGAGGCUGAAGGAGUCGGCCAAGCAGGAAGUGAUGCAGCGGAGACACGCCCAGCCGGAGUACAGAGCCAGCAUCUCCGAGCCAACCAGGAGAAUCAUGGAGAUGAUCCCUCACCUGUUCCACCACGUGCCCAUCCACGAGAAGGACCAGGCGCUGCGCAGAUUAAUAUACAGCAAGCACAACUCUCCCAUCGAGCAUCCUGGCAGCAGCUCCUCUCUGGCCGGACUCCAGGAUUACUCAGCAGCUGUCCCAAGUAUCCCCCAUGAGGUGGUCCAGCUGGACCCUGAAGAGGAUGUAAAACCUCCGCCAGACCUCCCCAUCCUCCCCUCACACACAGGCCCGGGGCUGGACGGAGGCCCGGAGCGAGAGGGGGAGCAGGACUUGGGCAGCGUCCACGAUUACGAAGCCUCGCUGUCUCCGUCCCCUUCCUCCGUCAACAUCCCCCUCUCCACGUCGCCGCUGCCCUUACGCCACGACCUCUACCCCAACGACAUCUACCCCCACCACGAGCCCGACAGGUUUCGCCCGCUGCACCUGGCCAAGGAGGAGCACGAGCUGGUGCUGGCCAACCACAGGAAGGUGGCGCUGUACCUGGAGGAGAAGAGGGAAGGACUGAAGAGGAAGCAGGAGCUGGAAGAAGAGCUCCUCAGAGCCAAGAUUAAAGUGGAGAAACUGAAGGCUGCCCGGCUGAGACACGGCCUGCCAAUUCCUCUAUAACAAGUACAAACUCGCGCAUCGGUGGCGGCUGUUGGAAAGGGAGAGGCUCGGAGGAGUUUAAAGUGUGGCAAUCAUCGGUUUUGCGUUGUGAGAACUUGAACUUAUUUUGGAAACAUAGUGCCUCGUACAAGACGCGGGUAGCAGGAGACUCAUGUUGCCAUCAUCAUUUCCACAGGCAUCGGUAACACUGUGACAGGCCAAAAGGGGUGAAAUAACUGUGAACGUUUGGAAGGGAAUAUUUGUAGUGUUGGCUGACAUGUACCUUACUGGAGCUUUUUCCUGUAUGAUUCUGUCAUCGAUGUGUAACUACGGAAGUGUUGUCUUUAUUAUCCAGGAUUAUCUGGAAAUUGGUGUGAUUGGGUAAAUGUUCUGUUUGUCAAGAGAGCGUCUAAAUAAUCUGGAAUCGGUAAAAAAAAAAAAUCCCUAAAAUGUAACACCCCAGUUUACUAGCAAGGAACACGUCAGUACCAGGGUUGGAGCGAGAAUCAAACUUUCAAAGGCCUUUAUCAUAUGAUGAUAAUACUGUAGAACUGCAGCAAUUUAUCGCCAACUACUGUGAUAAUUGAUCAGUCGGUCUAAAUUCUGUCAUUCCAGCCUCUUAAAAUGUGAAUAUUUUCCAGUAUUGUUAUAUUGUUCCUCCUCCGUGACAGUAAACCGACAUCCUGUGUUUUGGGAAACACACUGAGAGAUUAAUCGAAAAUAAUCGUGAGCUGCAGCCCUGACGUAAAAGCCAACUUCUGUGAAUGAAUCAACAAUGUUCAAGUCCGAAAUGCUCCCCUGAUGGCCAGCUGAGCGAACAAAAGAAGGGAGAGACGCUGUUGGUUUUUAAUCUUAUUGCUAUUUAAUGUAACAUUGAUUGUAUUGUAAUGUUGGUCUGUAUGUGCUGUCAGUUUCUCUUACAGUUUGUUCACUUAUUUCUAUUAAAAAAUAAAAACGUUCUUAUUA